UUUAAGCUCAAAGUUAAGCCUAGAGUCUCUCACUCUCUCUCUCUCGAAUGACACAUUCUCCAUUCUCGCUCCUCAUCCUCCGACGCCUUUCUCUCUCAUCCCCUAAACUCUACCGUCCUCCCCUCUUUCACCUCCUCACCACCACCACCAAACCCCUCUCAACUUCCCCAACACCUUCGCCUUCCUCCUCCGCAGACUCAAACCCACCGCCGUCGACGCUCUCGGCUCGCCUGAGCUUCGUCUUCGACCAAAUCGACGCAAUCGAGAGAGACCGCUCCGAGACCCGCCGGCGGCAGCAGCAGCAACCGGAGACAGUAGAAUCGGAGCUCGCCAAACAUGGCGAGAUCGCUAAUUCGAAUACGACCGAUUCCAACACAGUUGUCGUCGUGCGGGAGUCCGAAAUUCGAGAGGCCGAGGUUUCGUUUGGAGUUGAGGCCAGGAGCGAGGUGGAGCUGGUGCAUCCAUGGCCGGAGUGGAUUGAAUUGAUGGAGAGAUUGGUUCAGCAGAACUACUUCGAUCAUCGGAGGAAGGACGAGGAUAAAAUGAUCGAGGAUUUGGGGUUUGAUCACCGGUAUCAGGAUUCUAGGGCUGGAGGCGACGCUGGUGGAUUGGAUUUCAGCAAUUUCAAGCUUGUUCAGACCGCCUGCGUCAAUUUCGGAAAGGACCGGUUCGAUAUUUUGAGGUCCUUGUCGAGACAGGAUAUUCAGAAUUUGGUGGGUUUCGGAUGCCCAAGUGCAGACAAGAAAGUGGUUUUUUCUGCAAAAUUGUUGAGGAGACACGUGCAUCUUGAUGAAGGAGAUGUUUGUAGUUCCUGCAGUUUGAGGAAUUCCUGUGAAAGAGCUUACCUCCUAACCUUAAAAGAGGAUGAGGCGCGGACUAUUGACAUUAUGCGUGUUUUAUUGGCAUUUGGUUUUGAUCCGCUGAAUGGAUCAGUAGUGAACCAAUCCCUUCUGAAGCAGAAAUCCGUGAAGACCGUAGUCCGUAAAUUGCUUCAUGAGGUUGUCAAGUUGAGCUCUGUACCAAUAGAUCCUAAUCUUCCACCUCCAAUAAUUAGAAAGCCUCCCCCAAAAGUAAAACAGCCACCUCCACCUCCAAGGAAACGUGUUGGACGUGAUGACAUUGAGAUGAAAAAAGGAGAUUGGCUAUGCCCCAAGUGUGACUUCAUGAAUUUUGCGAAGAACACUGUGUGCCUGCAAUGUGAUGCCAAACGUCCAAAAAGACAGCUGCUUCCAGGCGAAUGGGAAUGCCCGCAGUGUAACUUCUUAAACUAUCGGAGAAACACAGUGUGUUUUCAUUGUGAUUGCAAGCGUCCACCUGAUGAAAUCAUGGAGAACAGAAUGCAAGAAAAGCAACAUGGUCCUGGGAUGACGUUGGACAAAAUGCCUAAGCGUUCAGAGGUUUCUAAUGCAUGGAAUUUCGACUUUGAUGACGAUGAAUCAGAUGGGGCAGAUGUUGCUGCUUUUGAGUAUGCAGAUUCUCCAGUCAUUGGUGAAGCUACUUCUUUAGAUAACGAAGCUAAAGGAGGAAACUUUGGAAGGCCUGAAUAUGAUUUUAAGAAAGCUAGCAGAGAGCCAAGGAUCCAUGACGCGAAAUAUUCAGAUGCAUGUACUAGUAGACGCGGUGUUGGCUUUGAUGAUUUUGAUGAUGAAGAAGAUGAUAUUGACAACUAUGAGUUAGAAACUGGUAAGAGAAGUUCAGUGCCUAUGGUAUCUUCAAACGAUCUUUCUGAGUUUGAAGGGCAUUCUGAAUCAGAAGACAUUAUAGAGUCGGAUAAUGCUCGUCAUAGAACAAAAUCCCCAUCUUACAACAAGCAACCCAAGGUCAUGCGUAAAAGGAGAGUGUUCUCCGGAUCUGAUGACGAUGAACUAGAUUCAGAUUCCGAUAGCAAGCUUUCUGCUAAUCCCAAGUGGAAAUCCAGUCACGUUGCUGAUUUUAGAUCAAGAAAUAGGGGUAAAUUUGGUUCAAAAGGGCCUUCCAAGAGUCUCAGCUUUGGUUCUGAAGAUGAACUUGGGCUCUACUCCGAUAUGGAUGACGACCUAGGUAAAAAUUUUGGAUCAAGGCGAGGCAAAGCUAAUGAUUCUCGCCAGAGAAGAUGUUUCAACUCCAAUGAUGAUCCAUUUUCUGGUUCAGAAUCUGAAAACGACAAUUCACGCUCUUGUAGGGGUAGAUUUGGGGGAAAAGCUGAAUCCAAUAGAAAAGGGAGAGAAUCCAAAGGGCGGAGCAAUUAUAACUUCACCAGGGACACAAAAUUCACAUCCAACAGGACGAAGAACGGUAGACGGAACUCUUUCGAAGAUGAUGAUGAUGAUUUUGGUGGAUCUUCAAAAGGGUAUCCUGGUAGAGGAUUUAGAGGGAACAAUAAUAGGCAGAGAAUGGGUGAUAGAAGGGGUGAUAUGGGGAAUUUCACGGGACCUAGAAAUGGAGGAUUUGGGAAGCACCAAGGUGAAAGACGUAAUUCAUAUGACAGAGGCAAGGACGACAAAGAUUUUGGCGAGUUUAGGAACAGUAGACGUGUUAUAGAGAGAUAGAUUCAAACUUGAGACAUAUUCAGUUUUGGAUUAGAGUGGAAU